AUGUCAGGGGGCGUCGAUUCUUCCGUUACUGCAAGGCUACUCGCGAACCAAGACUACGACUUGUCUGCAAUUUUCAUGCGCAACUGGGAUACCAGAGAUGAAUCUGGGACAGACAAAGGUUGCGAAUGGGAGAAAGACUGGGACGACGUUCAACGCGUUUGCAAGUCACUCGGAAUCCCAUGCACCAUGAUUGAUCUUUCGCGGGAAUACUGGAAUAGAAUAUUUCAACCAGCUUUGGAUGUUUGGGAAAGUGGGUCUACGCCGAAUCCCGAUGUUUGGUGUAACAGAGAAAUCAAAUUCGGGGCUCUUUUGGAACGAUUACCCGUCGAUCCAAUCACAGGAAUAUCAUGGUUUGCUACAGGACACUACGCAAGGAAACGUUGGUCUUCGAAUGGCCGUCCCCAACUUCUCUCUGCAAAAGACCAAACAAAAGAUCAGUCGUACUAUUUGUCGUCAAUAUCUGAGCAAGGCCUUGCACGAGCGCUUUUCCCUCUGGGCGAAAUAACCAAAGUCGAGGUCCGAGAACUCGCACGGAAGUAUCGAUUAGAAACAGCAGAGAAGCCGGAAAGUAUGGGUCUAUGCUUUGUUGGCGAGAGAGGAAAAUUUAGUCAAUUUUUAAGCAAUCGUCUUGUAGAUUCUUACCUCAGACCCAAUCCCGGUCCGAUAAUUGACUCUACGAUGCAAAAGGUGAUCGGACAUCAUGAAGGCCUUUGGACAUACACAAUUGGAGAAAACGCCAAGGUAGCAGGACAGCCCUCCAAAAUGUUUGUUUCGCACAAGGACCCUAUCAAGAAUGCCAUCUAUGUCGUUCCGAGUAGUAAUCACCAAGCCUUGCUCGAACAUCGAGUGAUUUGCAAAGAAUGGAAGUGGAUUUGGAAUGAUGCCCCUCCUGCCACCAUUUUUGAACCAGCAGGUUUCCGUGCGGCGGUCAAAGUGCGCCAUCGUCAGGAUGUUCAGUCAUGUAUAGCUAAGACUGCCCAUGAUGGAAAGCUUGAGAUCAUAACCAACGAGCCUAUGCGCGGGGUAUCGCCAGGUCAAGUUGCUGCUCUGUGGGACGGAGAUUGGUGUCUCGGAUGCGGUGUAAUCGCUGCUACAGGCAAUUCCCUGCUGCACAUUGUCGAUGGACGAUUCAACGCUUCUCAUGUUGCGAAACAAGUUGACCAAUUUCAGAAAAAGAGGAAUACAAAAUCUACAGGUGAAGGUCCGCCUGAACGAAGUCAACUCCAAAAACCAUCGCCAGGAUCGAAAAUCCCAACAUGA